ACUGCUAUAGAAAUAGAACAAGUAGAAGACGAAUUUGUUGCGCCGCUCUUAAUUGGAGAAGAACAAUUGAAUAUUUUACAUGGUGCUCUAAAGAUUGUUGAUGAAAGGAUUGAUGAUUGUGAAGUAACAAUGAAAAUAUUAUGCAAGCUACAAACCUGUAUCCAUGAGGAGGUUCGAAAAGAGAAAGCCAGAAAGCAAGUUCAAC